CAUGUGUAACCGGACAUUAUGGAACCAUUUGUGAGAAUUUAUGUGGAAAAUGUGUGAAUGGGACCCACUGUGACCAGAACACCGGAAUUUGUCCACAAGGAUGUGAAGACAACUGGCAAGGUCAAACCUGUAAUGAAUGCCAGGAUUAUAAAUAUGGGCCAAACUGCACAUUAAACUGUGGCUUCUGUAAAAACAACACAACCUGCUCAAAGAUUAACGGAACUUGCGGGAAUGGUUGUGAGACCGGAUGGAGUGGAGCACUAUGUCAGAAACUGUACACUGCAGAGGAGCUUGAAGAUCAUUGGAUUUUGAAGAUCCCAUCCAUCAUUACCCUCUCUGGUUCUGCGUUUUUUGUCGUCACUCUUGUUUGCUUAGUAGUUCGUGUGGUGUGCAAGAAACGAAAACAAAACAGAACCCAGAAAAUGCAAGAAGAAUGUAGCAGAAAUUCGGUUUCAAAAAUAGAAAAAGUGCAUUACGUUUGUGGUGAACCUGAUCUUAAGGGAGACAAACAAAGCUAUAAUUCUAGCUCACAAGACUACACGAAUGACAAUAUGUCCAUCUAUGAAAACAUUUUUGAAUAAUUUUAU